AUGAACACUUCUACUGAAUUAACAUUCAAUAUUGUUACUCUCGGAGCUAAGCCCGAUGAAAAGACUGAUGCCUUGCCUGUGCUUCAAACGACAUGGGCUAAGGCCUGUGACUCAUCUAAACCAGCCAUUAUUUACGUUCCCGAGGAUAUAUUCUUCGUUCGAAGUGCGAGAUUUAAUGGACCUUGUAAGAACAAUGCUAUUACUGUUCUCAUUGAUGGAACUCUUGUGGCUUCCUCGGACAUUCAAGUUUUAGCUGAAUCUAGUUCUUGGAUUUUGUUUAAUCAUAUAAAUGGUCUUUUCAUUAGUGGUGGUCUUAUUGAUGGACAAGGAACUGCCUUAUGGAAUUACAAACACCCAGGGAAGAGUUGCCCCAUCUGA